UUGAUCAUGAUACUUCUCAUAUGCUCAAUAAUUGUCAUUACCAUUCUCUUCUUCAAAAAACAGACAAGAGGGAAGAAGAGCAGCACACUGACGUCACCACCGAGACUUCCGUUAAUCGGAAACCUUCAUCAGCUUGGCCGCUACCCUCACCGAUCACUAUGCUCUCUCAGCCAUCGAUACGGUCCUCUCAUGCUCCUUCACUUUGGCCAGGUCCCUGUUCUUGUAGUCUCUUCGGCUGAUGCGGCUCGAGACGUUUUGAAGACGCACGACCGCAUUUUUGCGAGCCGUCCACGGUCUAAAAUCACGGAGCAGCUUCUUUACGACGGGCGUGAUGUGGCCUCAGCUCCUUAUGGUGAGUAUUGGAGACAAAUGAAGAGCGUGUGUGUCCUCCAUCUCCUAAGCAACAAAAUGGUCAGGUCUUUUCGUGACGUUAGAGAGGAAGAGAUCAUUCUAAUGAUGGAAAAGAUCAAGAAAUCGGGUUCUUCACGGAUAAAUCUAAGCAAUCUCUUGUCGAGUUUAACUAACGAUGUUAUAAGUAGAGUUGCUUUGGGAAAGAAAUACAGCGGUGAAACAGAUUUUAAGGAGUUAAUGGAGAGGUUAGGGAGGCUAUUAGGCACGUUUAGUGUCGGGACUUAUGUCCCGUGGCUUGCAUGGAUUGAUUGGAUCCGUGGUUUAGAUGGUCAGCUACAAAAGACGGGAAAUGAUUUUGAUGAGUUCUUGGAGAGAGUCGUGCAAGAUCAUGUAGAUGAGGACGGAGAUAGAAAUGAUUUCGUGGAUGUAUUGCUCGCCGUCCAGAGAGAUAAGAGUGUCGGCUUUGAAAUCGACAGGCUCAGCAUAAAAGCAAUAGUUUUGGAUGUUUUUGUGGGUGGUACGGACACAUCGUACACACUUAUGGAAUGGACAAUGACAGAGCUUCUACGUCACCCUGAGUGUCUGAACAGACUUCAAGAAGAAGUUCGUACAAUUUGUAAGGGAAGAUCGAGUGUGUCGGAAGAAGACAUUCAAGAUAUGAAGUACUUAAAAGCUGUGAUCAAAGAGACACUGAGGCUACAUCCUCCACUUCCAUUGAUGGCUACUCACGAAUCAACACAUGAUGUCAAGUUAAGAGAUUAUCACAUACCUGCCGGUACACAGGUUCUGAUCAAUGCUUGGGCGAUUGGGAGAGAGGUUGCCACGUGGGGACCAGACGCCGAGGAGUUUAGACCGGAGAGGCAUUUAAACUCGUCAGUUGAUUUCCGGGGUCAGAAUUUUGAGCUGAUUCCAUUUGGAGCAGGGAGAAGGAUUUGUCCAGCAAUAUCAUUCGCUAUGGUGUUGAAUGAGAUGGUUUUGGCUACCUUAGUGCACCGGUUUGAUUGGAGGUUCCCGGUUGAAUGUACAGAAGAUCAGACCGGUGUUGCUGAAUCAACGGGUCUUGCAAUUCACCGCAUGUUCCCUCUUUACGCCAUUGCAUCAUCUACCACCUGACUUGGUCACUAUAUAUAUGAAUGUUUUAUUAUGUCAUGGUGUAUAUAUAUAGAUAUGAAUGUUUUAUUAUGUUAUGGUGUACGCAAACAUGUUACUCAUUUGAAACCCUUACGAGCAAA